AUGCCCGCAAGCAAAGAAAGCACCUGCUCCUCCAGCCGGUCCUCGAGGAAGGACCCCGGGCUGCCGAUCCCCUGGCUGCUCUCCGGGCCCCUUUCCUGCGCUUCCCGGGACCUGGGGGCUCCGAGGCAUCCCGGGGCUCGCAGGCAGGGUCAGCUCCAGCGCUUCCCAGCCGUGGUGGGGCGCGUCCCCAGGUGCCCGACACCUCGCUCGGGGUCAGCGUUCUUUGCCUCCUCGUGCCGGCCAGAGUGUCCGGGGCCGCGUCUGCCACCCCCAGGCCUGCGAGGGCAAAAGCCAGAGGAGACCGCGGCGCACCCCAUCUCUUCCCGGCUUCCAUCCUGGGGCCCCCAACGCCCAGCGGCGUCGGGCCUCGGCGCGGCCGGCUCUCUGCGGUCUCCUGCGCGCCCCCUCUCUUCGGCCCGGAUCUCCGAGGCCGCGGUCCCCGCCCCGGCCAGCUCCGAGGGCGCUUCGCCCGUCCGCCCUCCAGGGCUGAAGCCUGAGCUCUCAGCGCUCCCCGGCGGCUCGCGCGGGAGGGGGCGCGGCCGCCCCCGCGGCUCCACCCUCUCCGCGGGGCCGCGGCCAUCUGGGGCCCCUGCCAUUCGUGUCCGCUCUGGGGCCCGCGCCGAGCUCGCGCGGGAGGAGGCAGCCCCUGGCAGGGGCCCGGGCCUCCCCACCGGGCGACCCCCUUUGCCAGCGCGGCCCCCCGCGAGCUGGCAGGAGGAAAUAGCGCGCGGCCCCUUUAAAUUUACCCAGGAGCCCUUAAAGGAGCCCCAGGGGCCCCAGACAGGAAUCCCCACCCCGGUCCAGCCCGCGCCGCCGAGCGAGCAGCCAGCCGUCCGUGCUGCCGGCCGCCCUGUGCAUGCGCCCCGCUGGGGCCGACGGCUGCCGCCCGCCGGAUCGAGCGGCAGCGCGGAACCCGAGGAGGACGACGGCGGGCAAGAUCUUCAGCUGGAAGGGGGUGCCUUAGGGUCCUGGGGGAGUGCCCCACUGCCCUCCUCCAGGGCCAGGGGACCAGCAUCUUCAGGCAGGAAAUACUCAGACCACUGUGAGGCCCGGGCCUCGAGGCCUGGCAAAAGCCGCAUUCCUGGCCGUGACCAUCGUCGUUACUACCAUGACCACUGGCGGCUGGAGUACCUGAUGGACUUCAACCCUGCUCGGCACGGCAUGGUCUGCAUGGUGUGCGGCAGCUCCCUGGCCACUCUCAAGCUCAGCACCAUCAAGCGACACAUCCGCCAAAAGCACCCUUACUCCCUGCACUGGAGUCCCCGGGAGAAAGAAGUCAUCAGCAACAGCUGGGAUGCCCAUUUGGGGCUGGGGGCCUGCGGAGAGGCCGAGGGGCUGGGGGCCCAGGGGCCUGAGGAGGAGGAGGAGGACGACGAUGAAGAGGAGGAAGAAGGGGCUGGCCUCCAGACUAGCCUGCCCAAGGGCCCAGGCAAAGCCCCAGCUGGCGGGGGCGGCCGGCGCCAGAGGCGAGGGGGCCCAGGGGCACCCGGGGCUCCGCGUCGGUGCCUCUCUGCCUCCCGGAGGGCUGGGGGCAGCAGGGGGCUGGGUGCCCGGCGGCUGGAGCGGAGGCUGAAGGAGUCCCUGCAGAACUGGUUCCGGGCAGAGUGUCUCAUGGACUAUGACCCGCGGGGGAACCGGCUGGUGUGCAUGGCCUGUGGCCGGGCACUGCCCAGCUUGCAGCUGGACGACAUCCGUGCCCACGUGCUGGAGGUGCACCCUAGCUGCCUGGGGCUCCGCGGCCCCCAGCGUAGGGCCCCCCAGCCUAGUGCCCUGCUGCAGGCCUGGGGUGGCCAGCCGGAGGCGCUGUCUGAGCUCACCCAGUCCCCACCAGACGAUGACCUCGUCCCCCAGGACCUGACCAGCAAGAGCCGGGACCCGGCCCCCGCUGCUGGAGCCCCUUCCUCUCAGGACCUCAGCCCCCCAGACGGAAAGGAAGAGGCUGGCUGGGUCCCUGAGAGGGUGCCCGGGCCGGCAGGGGAGGAGGAGCCGGAGGAGGGCGAGAGGGUGGGGGUCCCCGGCCGGCCUGCGCGGGGCCGCGACCCCCGCCGCCACUGCCCGGAGCGCUGGCGGCUGGAGUACCUCCUGGAACUGGACGGCGGCCGGCGCGGCCUGGUGUGCCUGGCGUGCGGGGGCGCGCUGGCUUCGCUCAAGAUGAGCACCAUCAAGCGGCACAUCCGCCGGCGCCACCCGGGCUCCGCGCGCCUCGGCGGGCCAGUCGGGGCCCUCAUCGCCCAGGAGUGGAGCGAGAAGGCCGCCCACCUGCUGGCCCUGGGGCUGCCCUGCCCCGAAUCGCCCGGGGACCCCGCCGCCCCCAGCACAGCCGCAGCCUCGGAGGAGGGGGGAGGGGCAGAGGAGGAGCAGCCAGAGGAGGAGGAGUGGUGGGGCGACGUCCCGCUCUCCCCUGGGGAACCGUCGGAGCGGCAGGCGGAGGAAGAGGAGGACGACGAGGACGGCCCGGAUCCCGGGGCGCUCGCCUUCCCUCCGCCGCCGCCGCCGCCCCCACCUCCCCCGCCCCGCAGCCGAGAGCAGCGGCGGAACUACCAGCCGCGCUGGCGGGGCGAGUACCUGAUGGACUACGACGGCAGCCGGCGCGGCCUGGUCUGCAUGGUGUGCGGGGGCGCGCUGGCCACGCUCAAGGUCAGCACCAUCAAGCGGCACAUCCUGCAGGUGCACCCCUUCUCCAUGGACUUCACGCCCGAGGAGCGUCAGACCAUCCUGGAGGCCUACGAGGAGGCGGCGCUGCGCUGCUACGGUCACGAGGGCUUCGGGCCGCCCGCCCCGGCGGCGCCGCGCGAUGGCGGCGCGGACCUCAAGGCGGGCGCCGUGUGUCGGGCGUAG